UGAAGAGCUUUUGCCUCAAUGCAGUUGCGAUUUAAAACUGGUUAUUAACGGUCAUGGAUCAGAGAACAUGUCAGUGCAAAAAAAGAAAUGUGAAUCCCCUUAAAAAGAAAUUUUCGCAGCUCCUUAAGAAAAACUCUCACAGUGAAACCGAGAAACUAAGGAAUGAGAUGUAUCUUGUUAAAAACGAGCUGGAAAAAGCGUAUGAAGUUAUUGAUGAUCUGGAAUUCGAGUUAGAAAGCGUGGAUUUACUGGCUCUCCAAAAUCAGUGGCUACGCGAUGAAUUGAUGAAACUAAAAGCGCAGGAAGAUGGUGUGAUUUCUAGGGAUGAGGAGGAGGAUCCAGCAUCCAGAAAGCGACGUCGUAGUUAUCGGCAACAAGUUUCUGUAGGAAUGUUAGACCCCCAGCUUAUAAGCCCACCCCAAGAGCAGCGAUUCGGAAUCAUUCUGGAUUAAGUUAGUUGCUAACUGCAUACACAUCAGCAUUAAUAGGGCAAAACUAAUAUUUUGCAUGCCAUAAACCGCUUCUGAUAGCAAUUUAGGCAUCAAAUCGAAAAGCUUUUCAUUAUUGUCAUCCUCUUUAAAGGUAUAAAUGUGAAUCACAGAAUUCACCGAUGCGUAAAAGUCUUAUUCAUCCUCAUACAAACAUUUGUAAGAAAUUCUUUUAGAUAUCGCAAGUACUCUUCUUAUCAAACCAGCUUUCAAUAUAUACCAUUCAUUUUGUUGCUUCUACAUAUAUAGGCACAACUUAUUUAUGUGUCUAUGCUUAAUUAUCUUCUAUCCGAUUUACUACACCUAAGCAGCUCUGAAUUAAUUGUGGUGUCAUUUAUGGUACCUCGAAGACCACUUAUCUGCCUAGGAAACCAUUCAAACUCCAUGCAUAAAUCAGCCGACUG